AUGGAGUUUUUAAAAACACCAAGAGGAGAAAAAAUAAAGGAACAUAAUCAUCCAGUGGAUCCACAAAAUGUUGAGGUAGUAAAGGCAGUGUACCACAUGAAGGAACGUUGCAAAGAUACAUUAGCGAAGCCAUCCCAAAUUUUUGCAGAGGGUAUAGCAGCACUUCCAGAAAAUGUUAGGGGUCGAAUGGUUAAAGAGGAUCAUCUAAAAAGGACCUUCAGGAAUAUUAAAGCUGGACACAAUCCAAAAGAACCAACUCUCUUAACGGACCUCGUUAUUAAAGAAGAAUGGAAAAGUACUGGAGGACCCGAAAACAAAAGAUUUAUUCUAAACGACAAUGGCUUAAAUGCCAAAGAAAGAAUAAUUAUCUUUGCAGAUGAUAAUUGCCUGGGGUACUUAGCUGCUGCCACCACAUGGUACCUCGACGGAAAUUAUUCACUGGCACCUCGCUUCUUUAAGCAGUUAAAACUGCAGGAAUUAGGCUUACAAAAGACCUACAUGGAAAAUCCAAAUUUAAGUACUUUUUGUGGAAAACUGGAUGGAUUGGCCUUCAUUCCCAUAGAGGAUGUUCAAAAAGGAAUGGAUCAUCUAAAGGCGACUCCUGAAGGUGAAGAAUAUUCGGAGCUAAUAAACUAUUUCGAUGCCACCUAUAUUUCGGGAACAUUCCAAAAAAUUGGAAAUUCUUCGAAAACCCGAAACAUUGCUCCAAUGUUUUUGCCAAAAAUAUGGAAUGUCCAUGAAGCCACAUUGUCUGAUGAAAACAGAACUAACAACCUUACAGAGGGUUGGAACAACAGAUUUUCCAACCUUGUUGGCCAAAACCAUCCAUCAGUUUGGUUGUUGAUUAAAAAAAUGAGGAUGGAAUUGGCUGUGGAUUCGGCCAAACUACAAAAUGCAAAUUUGGAACCAGAUGUUAAAAGAAAACGGCCCUCUUAUCAGGUUCUGCAGGAGCGGCUAAAAUUAUUGUGUCAACAAUAUAAUAAUAAAGUAAGGGAUAUGAAAAGUUUUUUAAAUGCCAUAUCCCAUAACAUGAGGUUUAAACCAAAAAAUUAA